AUGGCAGCCAUUCCCAAUGUUCGCAACUUCCUGCUAGACAGCGCCUACUACAUUCCACAUUUUGCAAAUAUUUUGGUCAACGACAAAGACCUCUUCAUGCAGGAAUUCUCCUCUGCGAUAUUAGCAGAAGUGUCGAAGGACAUGUUCGGCGUUGCGCAAUUAUUGAAACAAUGUUCGGAUAUGAACUUCCUGUUCAAGAGACUUCAGUCUCCAGAUCCGGACGUGAAAAAGAACAAUUUAGAAAUUAUGCAAAAUCUCUUGCAAGAUUCCACUGGAGCCAAAGAAAUGAUAGAAACGAAGGAUUUUAAUUUGAAUCUUCUAUACGAUCUUUUCGACUCGCCUUAUCGCGAAAUCCAAGGAUUAGCAUUGAAUAUUGUGGGCGAGCUGGUCAGUAGGAACCAAGAUGAUCACUUGCAAAACCUUUUCAGAAGAUCGAACGGUCUCCAGGCUUUGCUAAAGUUUUUAGAUAAAGAAGAAUGCGCAGACCUUCAUUCGGAGGUGCUCAGAAUUCUCUGUUUGGCCUCCGAUAAUCCUGCAACGAUCGAUUUACUCAAUGACAUCGGAGGCAUCAAAAGGCUUCUACGGUACACGCAAGACACGCCAAACUCGAAAUUUUUCGUGGAAGCUCUUGAUGUAGUCGUUCGCCUAUCGCACACUCCCCUGGGCAGAAAAGCACUGUACACCUACGGGAUUAUCGAUCAUUUAUUGGUGACAUUGUCUGGCAACGUGCAGUCCAAUAUCUACGAGAUCAGCUGUCGCGGUAUCGGUAUGAUGACUCUUCACAACGACGCUGCUAAAGAACUGACCGAGAGCAAUUGCGUAAAGAAUGUUUUAGAUAUACUGAAAAAUGAAAACUUGAAAUGGACUAUAAGACAGGCAGCCAUGUUUGCAUUGAACCAAUUGCUGAAGUGCGACACGAAGAAUUGCCGCUAUUUCUUGGAUACCCAUGGACAGAAUUAUCUCGUAUGGCUGAUGAAGCAAACAACGGGAAAAGUUCCUAUAGAAAUAUUGGUGGGAGCCGUCGAGUCCCUAACGACGAUCGCCAGGAAUCGAUCAUUAAGAAAUGUCAUCGUUAACAGCAACACGGUGGAUACAGUAUGCGCAUCGUUCGAAGUAAAUCCCUUCGGUAUAUUUACGUAAGAGAGAUAAGUCAACGAAAUUGUUGUUGAUUUACGGAAAAAUUGAACGAAUAUAAAACCUUGGAACUGAAACGGAUUCUUGUUAGUUGACG